AUGGCACACUCCAUUAUCAAGGGAUAUGAAUGGCUGUUUAUGAGCCAGGGAGGGAGCACACAUUUCUAUUGGCUGAUAGCACAACUUCCCAAGUCAGAGUUCACCAACUUUGUGCGAAGGGCCGCCGCCGGGGACGCCGCCGCCGCCGCCGCCGCGUGGGGGGAGUCGCUCGGCCAUCUCCUGGGGAGUAAAAGGGGACGGCUGGUUUUCGAGGACUUUUUAAGGACCGAAUACAGUGAGGAGAACCUGUUGUUUUGGCUGGCCUGUGAGGACUACAAAAAGCUGACCAGCGAGGCGGAAAUUCUCACCAUUGCCCAACAGAUCUACGCAGAGUUUGUCCAGGUGGAUGCCGCAAGACAGAUAAACAUUGACUGCAUGACCAGAGAGGACAUCAGCAGGAACAUCUGUCAGCCGAGCACAAAUUCCUUCGACAAGGCGCAGAAAGUGAUAUAUGGCCUGAUGGAAAAGGACUGCUACCCUCGGUUCCUGAAAUCAGAGCUCUUCCAAGACCUUCUGCAACAGUCUGAACAGAGGUGA